UAUAAUUAUUAUUAUUAGCUCAUAUCGAUGGAGAUUUAUAGUGCUUAAAUGCACAUCAACACAGCGGACUACACUGAAAGGUUCAAAUUCUCAAUGUUAAUCAUACUAUUUUCGUGUGUGUUUAUUUAUUUGGACCUAAAUUCACUAAUUUUAGAAGCAAAUUGAUGGCAACGAGACCAAAACUGACACUUGAGAGAGGGACACAUUUAAUGGCAACGAACGUAAAGAUGUAAAUUAUACAAAAUGAAAUGCAAGCAACAGUUUCCAACCAGUUCUAAGCUGAACCAAGCAUCACAACAGCACCGAUUGCAGCCAGUCUCACGCCACAGUCGAUGCGCCUCGGACACAAUAUAUUUAGAAACCGAAACCAAAGCUUUCCACACUACUGGUCAGCUGUAAUUUAAUUAAUGUUGCUCUGCACAGCACUCUCUGCACAUUCGAUUCGGACACUGCUGAGUCGUCCUCCCCAUUAGUGGUGCCAUAAUUGCCGCUCGAUGGAGGAAAUAUGGACCCGAGUGCGCUUGGAUGCAGUUGAAACGCGAUCGUGUGAUGGUGCAAAAAUAAAUGUCCACCCAUUAAUGAGAAGUCGUGCGAGCAUUAGUGAGGCUGUCGCAUGCCCUAACCGGGUAAGAUGAUAUAUGAAGACAAAUUAAAUCACAUCGAAGCGAAUGAAGAAAAAAAAAGAGCUGAAGUAGCUUUCGGCUGGACAUCUUCACUCGCUUCCCAACAGAAUUCCUAUCGCCAUCUCCUUCUUCUACGUAGACACCCGCGAUCAACGUCACGUAGAGCUGGUCGACUCGUCCACACACCUGUAACCGAUGUAAUAAUACGGACGCAUGCUGCUGUGCACAUCCACCCACACACUUGGGUGGAAAGCGGAAAAUACCGAGCACAGAAGCAAAAGGGCACCCCUCUCCCCCAUCACACACACACACACCCAAACCUCAUCCAAAAACCUGCCGACCAAUCCCAUUCAGUUCUGGCCGCAAUGUGAACCCGGGCGGAUUUUUGAUGCUCGGUUUUAGUACGCACGGGCAUACAAACAAACACCCUGGUGGUGUCUACACGGUGGCACGGAAUGUACGAAAAUAAUACCUCCGUGAUUCACCGGCGUGUGUUGUGCUCCCCCUUGGCGAUCUUGAUGUGCGUGUGUGUAUGUGUGCAAAGGCGGUUGCGGUGAAACGCUGAGGCAAAAAUUGCGUAGCACAGAUUCUAUAAAUAAUCCUUCCCUAUCGGGCGAGCGCGUCGACACACCGUUGCACAGUGGUUUGAAGCCGGUCGAAAAAAUGGAGGUCGUCCGGCACACACCAAAAGAAGGAUAAGAAGAAGAAGAAGAAGCAGUGGUGCUCGAUCCUCGGUACGGUGUGGGAAGUAGAAGAAAGUAACCACCAACUUCGCACUCACACGCGUACGCAUUGACGCAGCAAACGAUAGAAAUAGGCAGUGACGGGGAAAGGCCUCCCAAACUGACACCACGGGAGGGCUUGAGCAGCGACGUGGCAGCUCUUAUCAGCGCGGCAGAGACCCACCCAGCACUCACACACACACGCGUAAAAAAAAGACCUGACUUACGUCGGUAACGACCCCAGCCGUCCGUACCAGAUUGGCGCUUUGCGAUGACACAGUUUGUCCGCAACCUAAAUUAUCGAUUUUGUUUUUUUUUUUACUUCUACGACUCCUCCCAUCCCCCAUGGCGAAGAGAGAGAGUGCUAUCCAAAAAUGGAAAGCGGAAAACUACCAGUUUGUUACGCGAGGGGUUGAAAAUUGUCAUGAAAACAUGACAAAUUUAAGUGAAAUAUUGAAAUGCCCCAACUCCGUCGCUGUGUAGCCUUAGUUACGGCUGGUACGUGUAAUGGCACUGCGUUUGUUAGGGGCUUAAGCUUGAUGCAUGAUGAAGAUGAAUAAAGCAAAAAGACUACAAGCCAUUUAUGGAGGAAUGGUACUUUAAAUAAACCAAUUAGAAACGGGGGCUUAGGCACGUCAUUGGCGAUGGCGCCAGACAACUGAAAGUACAGGUCCAAAUGACAUCCAUCUUGAUUGGAGUUAAGUUUUAAUGCAUUCUACACCAUUAGAAUUCCAAUUGCUUUUUAGAAACCAAUUAGAAACCAAUUGCUUUUAUUUCCCUUCCAAAAACUCUUAAUGUAACCUGUUUAGUGAGUCCACAUUGUCGCAUUACAAAAACAUUUGGAUUAAUAACAUAAUGCUGAGGAAACAUUUCGCUCAAAACCAAUCUACAUUCUUCAGCUUUAAUCUGUAUGCAAGCCAAAAACAACUUCAACCCCCAACGGAAGCAAGGUUAAAGGCCCGAUUUAUGCAACAGCACAAGAAGCAUUUCCGCCACUGCAAUUUCAUUACCAAACAAAGCAACAGCAAUCGAUGUUGCAUGUUGCAUGUAUGCCGCUAGAUCGAUGCCAGAAUGCAGAAUGCAGCUGCGAGGAGGCUCCACAAUCGACGGCAUAACAUACACCAACCAACGGCAAUGCACCACGGCUAAGAAUAUAUGCCUCUGUCUAUCAAGUGUCCCUGUUUUUGGAAGAGGAUGGGGGAGAUAUAUAUAUUAUUGCUCUUUCCGCCGCCGCUUUCACCCCUCCAGAGCCAUAACAGAGCCCGCAUGGCAACGGUGGUGUGGUCGGUGUCCAUUGGUAACCUGUUUAUCGAGCCAAAUCGGUAUCGGCGCAUCGUUUCGGGGCUCGACAGCACUCGAGGCUCUCCAGCACCAGGGUCUCGGCACAGUAUACGCCACGGACGGAGCGGUGACAAGCGGUCCAGAAUGAUAAAGGAGCUGUACCAGCAGACGGAACCGAAGUCACACCGGCCGAGCUACGCCAACAAGGCGGUCCUGCUGAGCAGUGCCAAGUGGGAGCAGAUGUGGAAGAAGGUGGUCAGCCCGGCGGAGAAGGAAACGGAGGUGCUGUGCCAGCAGGAGCGCGAGUUCCGCGAGUACCUCAGGAACGGGUCGAAGAAGAUGACCAGCACGUGGGAGAACACGGUGCAGAACAUACGGGACAAGAAGGAGGCGGAGCGGUUGCGCCGCGACAAGGCGAAGGUGGAGGAAGACCAACGACACUACCGUGAGCUGAAAGCGGCGGACGAGAUCAAGCGCCGGGAGCUGAUACAAAAGGCGGAGGAUCUCAUCCAGAAGGACAAGGUGGGCCCGCGGGUGCUGGAGAGUGCGGCCAAGUUCUGCGAGGUGCUGAAGGGCCGGGAGAUGCAGCGCCAGUUCCGGCUGGAGCAGGAGCAGCUCCAGCAGAUGCGCAAGCAGUCGGUCGACACGCAAACGCUGUCGCAGGCGAACCACUGGCUGAAGUCGCACGGCGACCGGCUGCUCGAGGAUCGGCAGCGGUUCGACAACUACAAGCGCGAGCUGAAGGAAACGAUGAUCCGCAACCAGCAGCUGCAGCGCCAGCGCAAGCAGGAGCUGAUCGCGGAGGAGCAGCAAAGCCUGGAGGUGAUUGAGGGCGAGAUGCGCCGGCAGCAGGAGCAGGACCGGGCGGCCCUGGAGGCGAGCAAGGAGAUGCGGCGCAAGAAUGCGCUGGAAGCGAUCCGGAUGGCGGAGGACAGGCGCACCCGGUUGCGCCGCGAGUCGGAGAUAGAGGACGCGCUGCUGCAGAUCUACUGCGAGGGGCAGCAGAACAUUGCCAGCUUCAAGCAGGCGAUACACGUGAACAAGCACCGGUUGCGGGACAACUCGCACCAGCUGGUGGACGCGCUCGAGCGGCAGCGGGCGGCCCUCGCGCAGGAGGAGCGCAACCAGGCCCGGGCGGCCGAGGAGAAGGACCGCAUCGCGUCGAUCAAGGAGCGGGAGCAGACGGAGCAGCAGCGCCAGCUGCGGGCGGCCCGCAUGCAGGCCCACCUGGACGAGAUCGAGUGGCAGCGGCAGCGGGAGGCGGAGGAGGCGGUGCUGACGCGCCGCGAGUACGAGGAGCGGCUGCGCAACAUCGACGUCACGUUCGGGUUCGACCGGCACAAGGUGGCGGACAAGACGGUGAAAACGUACGCCCAGCGCAAGCUGCUGCUCGGCCAGAUGGUGGAGAAGGAGGUGCGCGAGCGGCGCGAGGCGGACACGGCGGCCGAGCUGCGGUACGCGAAGGAGCACGCGGACAAGGAGAACCGCCACUUCCUGCAGUACGCGCAGGAUCUGAUCAGCGACGCGAAGGUGAAGGGCCGGCCGAUCCUCCCGCUGCUCAAGACGGUGCAGAGCUACAAGCGCGAGCACUAUCACGACUUUAAGGAGGCGGACGUGCUGCCUCAGCAUCUGCUGUCCCGCGUGCCCAUCCACAACAAGCUGAUGGAGCAGGGGCUGCUGGACGCGCUGCCGGCCCGGCAGAAGGCGCUCGUGCUGCCGAAGCGCAAUGCACCGAAGGCGCUGGAAGCGCUCGUGAAGGACGAACCAAAGGAGGGCAGUGACAAGGGCGGUUCCAGUACGCCGUCGGGCGACGACCCGAAGCAAGUUGUCUGAACGUACAUUCCAUUUCUUGUGUAAUUUUUUACUGCUCGUAAUAAAGCUGCAACGAAAAGCGUGAAAGUGAUGCACCAUUUUAAAAUGGCCGUUUGUUUUUCAAUUUCAAACUGACAGUUGCACCCGCAUCAAUGUGGUACACGUUGUCAUUGGAUUGGAGGGCAUGUCAAUUGUCCUGCUUAUCGUUAUCUCCGAACUGACUUAUCCCUGCAAAAUGUCAUUCCCGUUUCAAACACUGUGCUUCCCCUCCCCACAACUGCUCUAUAUUUCCGGCUGAGCAAAGCUUCUCUUUUCGCUCGCUCACUCUCUCCCGUGACACGAGGACCGCUCGGGGAAGCGUCAAACAGCCGGCACCGAGUCCACGGCAACGGCAGCAUCGGCCGAAAUCACGUGCAUUUGUUUGUAAAUAAAACCUUUCCAAAAUCGGGAGCCAAGUCGGGGGGCAGCCGUGCGCCGGCGCGGACCCACUUAC